AUGCGUGUGUCUUACCUUUGUCUUUUCGUUUGGAUACAAUUCAUCUGUCCUGCACUCUGUACCGAGUAUCUCAUUAGUUUGAAAACGCCCAAGACUUUGAAGUACUUGUUCAAUUUUAAACUAGGUGGAUCCACCGUAAAAGAUUUGAUAGAGUCAAAAAUCCAUAGAGAGUUCUCUUUUGGUAAUUUCAAUGCCAUUUCAGUGGAUAUACCUCCACUAGUAGCGGAGAAACUAAAGGACAUUCCAUUCAUUAGCGAUGUAGUAGCAAACACCAAAAUUAGUUUGUUUGAUGCCUUCCCUGAGAUGGAAGCAUCGUUAAAAGGAAGCAAUAAACUCACUAAGGGGAAGGAUAAAAAAACCAUGUUCAUUGACGAUGGAGAAGAUGACGACGACGAAUCCGUGGAAGAUGGACUAGAGUUUAAAGAAAAUUAUACAUCUCAAAAGAGUGCUCCAAGACACUUAGCCCGUAUUUCUCGCCGAACCCAGCUACCAAUAAUCCCCCAAGACUACGAUACAAGCGCUCUAAAAUAUCACUACCAUGCUGAUCGCCAGGGCGAAGAUGUGCAUGUUUAUGUCCUUGAUAGUGGUAUCAAUUACUCUCAUCCAGAUUUCGAAGGAAGAGCUAAGGAAGGGAUUGACACUACCGGGGAAGGUUCUGGGGACUUUAUAGGGCAUGGUACCCAUGUUGCUGGUUUAAUUGGGUCCAAAACUUACGGUGUUGCCAAGAAAGCCAAUAUUUAUGAAGUUAAGGUUCUUGAUUCAUUGGGUAGAGGCAAUGUCACCGACAUCAUUGAGGGAUUAGAGUAUGUUGUAAGUCAAUGCCAAGAUAAUAAAAAGAAAUGCGUGGUGAAUAUGAGCCUUGGAGCACCUGGAACACAUAGUAUUUUAGAUAGGGCAGUUUCGGCUGUUAUAGAUGAAGGCAUUGUAGUUGUUGUGGCUGGAGGUAAUAGUGGUCUCAAUGCUUGUUGGUAUAGUCCAGCAAAAGUGAAAAAGGCAAUUACAGUAGCCGCCAUGGAUGAUCGAACUGACUUAAUGGCCCAGUUCUCUAAUUGGGGAGCAUGUGUAGACAUAUGGGCACCUGGUGUUAAUGUAGAAUCUCUAUCCAACAGAGGCGAUGACACUGUGACUUUGAGUGGAACUUCAAUGGCAUCACCAAUUGUAGCUGGGGCAGCUGCUUUAUUCCUUGAUCAAGGAUAUAAACCAAGCGAGGUGCGUAAAGCAUUACUUAAAUAUUCUACCAAAGGUGUCUUCAAGAAACGAGCAUUAGCUGUAAGACCGAGGUCUCCAAAUAGACUUUUAUACACAGGGAACAACGAGAAGGACGACAGUUUCGAAUAUGGUUUGUUUCCACAGAUAGAUGAGUAUAAGUUCAUUUCCAGGCUACAAGAGGACACAAAAGAUUUUAACGAAUCAAAUGAUCCUAACAGCGCAUUACUUAUCCGUGGAAGAAAACUACUUGAACCAAACUUGACUUUCAAAAGCAAGAAGCAAGUAAAAUAA